GGGGGGGGUCUGGCCACGUAUUUUGGGGGUACUAGUAUGUAAUAUGUGGAAGCUUUUAGCGGAUAUGAGCGUCCGGGUUCUGGAAUCUGCCUGAUGCAGUCGGUUACCAGAUGACAUGCAAGGAGCUUCUAGAAUGGAAAGGGUGCAGCACGGCAGCUAGCCAUUGGUGGAAGGAUAGCACAUGGGUACAUGGACUGGACCUCGUUGGUGCCUCUUCACUGUUAGCUGCAUGAGGGAAAAGUUAAAGGGAAAAGGGGCAAAGAAAGAGAUGGGAAAUGAUGGGCCGCGAAAUGAACUAUCAGGCGAUCGGAGUGACCGAAGCAUGAACUGGAGGCUAUCGACCGAGUCAUGUAAUGAUACUCGCCUGGCAAGGCUGCCUUCCAAUACGUUUCACUUGUCAGACCUUCUGAUCCUGUUCUUAAUUGCCGUUGGUUCUUCGUCAUCAUCCCUAGCUAAGCAACAGACCAGAAGGUUAAGCCUCGCUAAGAUUUGUCCAAGAAGCCAUGGCGAUGAGCGACCUGAGGUGGCGCAACCUAAUUAGAUUAUCCCUGAAGGAUUUGAUAGGCAGCGUUUCUUGUUAGUCUGAAGCCCAUGGAAUGAUUAUGGUGCAGCGGUCUUUCUUUCUUUUUACCGGGCUCGUGCGAGCUACCAUG